AUAAAAUGGGAAAGGAUAGCAUAGAAGAAAUAGGAAUUGCUAAUGUUCAGAGAUCAUUCAAUUGGAGCUCGCGGCUCUUAAAAUGUAUGGGAGUUUGGCCGUUGAAGAACUACGUUCCGCUAUUUAUCUUCUUCUUCAUAUAUCUUUCUAUUCAUUGUUCUCUAACACUCUUACAAUUGAUUUUGUCUCCAAAAACUAUGGAUAACGUGAUAUCGAACAUGGCAGAGAAUAUACUUCUGAUGAUGACACUUACGAAAAUAACAGUCGCUAGAGUAAAUCGAAAAGCAUUGAGUAAAUUACUUGCCGAAAUCAAGGACUGUUCACUUAAUGAGAAAUAUGAAACUAAGGAGGAGAAAUUGACAUUUUUGAAUUAUACUAAAUUACCUCCAUAUUUUAUUAUAAUAAUCGCCUCUUCAAUGACAAUGGUCGAAAUAUUAUAUUACUCGACUCGACUUACAUAUGGAAUUCAAAGUGCAAAGAAAAACGAUUCCAUGGGUUAUCAAUUGCCGUACAGAACAUUACAUAUCGCGGAUUUAAGUGACACCAGAAUUUACGCUUUGAUCUGUGCUUAUCAAACAAUAAUCAUACCUAGUAUACUAUUCGGUUACGUAGGAUUCGACUGCAUGUUUGUCAAUUUGUCUGUUCAAGUAAUUGCACAGUUUGCUGUAUUGUCCUAUAAGGUCAAGGCACUGUUAAAUAAUUCUGAAAAUUAUUAUGAAGGUAUGAAGGAAAUUGUUCGACGACAUUAUCAAUUGAUAAGAUUGACAGAAGCAUUGGAAAAUAACUUUAAUUACCUGAUUUUGCAGCAACUAAUGGGUACCACCGUUCAUAUCUGUAUUUGCGGUUAUCAUCUACUUAUGACUAAAGAAAUGGCUGAUAAUAUAACAUUGAUUUUAUUCUUUUUGUAUGUCUCUUGUGUGCUAUCGACACUUUUUAUUUACUGUUUCAUCGGUGAAUGUUUUAUACAGGAAGUAAAUAAAACGUUAAUAAUUUGUUGUAUGAAUGGAAUAUUAAUUACCCGAUUAAUUUCAUUUAUUCUAUUCCAUUAGAGUACGAAAUUUGGUAACGC